GAGAGGUGGCUACGAUGCUAACUUUCAAUAAAUGUAGCUACCAAAAGUGGCGAAUUGUUGCAAAAGUGUAUGUGUUCAAAGUACCAGUGCUGUGACGGAGGACCCGCUAAUACAUUUAAAUAUGCAGCUGAUAUAAAUAAUGACAAAUUACGUUGUAGGACUUUUGUUAUGUUCUUCUAACCUUAGUCAGCAUGGGAGGUGUGCUAACCAAAACAGGCUGCUACAAUCUCUUCCUCAAAUUAUCAGAACAAAGACACGCAAACAAAACAUCAACAACUCAGGGAUGUUGCCACAGUAACAGCAAGUAGCAAAAUACGGUUGUAUGUAUUUGCUCGAAUAGCUUCGUUUUCAAACGUUGCUAGCUUGUUGUAUUUAUCUGCUCCGUUAUUUAAAAGUUACACCCAGUCAUUCAAUCAUUUCAACAUAAGUUAGGUCCCAGCUGUUAUUUUCAAACUGCAAACACAUUUUUGUAUUGCUCUUCUAGAAGCCAACAUUUACUAUUCCACUGGUGUUGAUGAGAGAAGCACUGGAAAUACAUUAUGUAUCGUCUUUAGCCUUUAAUGUGCUAUAGCACAUUUCUACAACAUUUAUAGACAUGAUAUAGAGUUAACUUUCCUGUAUUUCUUUUGUUUUAACAACGCUGUUUAAUAAAACCUUUGGUGACCGUUUUUCUGCUUUUACAAGCCUUAACUUAUUUUUUAUCAUUCCUGAUCUUUCCACGGACAUUAAGCUCCAGCGUUGGGCCGAGGAAAGAGAAAGUAUGAUGCACUGAGAGUUUACAAGCAAGCUGACAAGUCCAAGCGAGAUGGAGAACGUUCUGGAAAACGUAGUUGCUUUGGUGAAGGAGCACCAGGAUGGCAUACCACUGACAAAAAUGUCCCAGUUCUACAACCAGACAUAUCACACUAACCUAGCUAUACGUGACUUAAACUUUAACUCCAUGCUGAGCAUGGUUUCUUCUCUCGAGGACCUGCUAGUGGAGGGAAAUGUGGUGUUUCACAAGGAACAUUGUCGUCAAAGCCAGGAUGCUGCUGGAGCUGGAUUUAGACCACCAGCAUCUCAAACGGAGGCAUCAACAAAACCUCAAACAAAAAAGAAAAAGAAGGCAAAAAUUCUGCAAAAUGUUGUUGGCUUGAUAAAGGAACAUCCUGAGGGGAUUCUCCUGAAGAACGUAGCGAUAUUCUAUAGCCAGACAUACAAGAAGAAGUUGUCCCUAUCUUCUUUGGGUUUCGCAAAUAUGUCAGGUCUUGUAGAAUCUCUGAAAGGGGAUCUAGUUGUGAAGGGGGAGAUGGUUUUCCAUAAGAUUUACCUCUCUGAAGGUCAGCCUGUGGCUGGAACAUUAACAAAAAUCAAAGAAGACAGUCGCCCCACAAUACCACAGCCACCACAAUCUCUCAAGGAGAGCGGAAACAGUAACCUAACACCUCAAGCACCUGCGUCCCAGUGGGAUAACAGCCCUCACAGUGUAGCUCCUCUUCAGUCAGUGAUGAGCUUUCUUGGCUCCUCGUUGAUUGGCUCUUCCCCAAACCAUUGCAUUCCUGGAAUCCCACCUGUUGCUGCAUCCCAGCCAGCUAACCUGCUGACCCACGAGGAGUUGUACCAGAGAGUGAUGGAGGUAAUAAAGACAUAUCAACCAGCAACCCCAACAAUGGAGCAGCUCCAAACCUGCUACUCUCAAAAGUUUGACGAACCAUUUCCACUCAGGCAGUACAUGUCGCUGUAUGACAACUGGGAAGCAAAGAAGCUGCCGGCUCAAGCUGAGUCAGCAGCAAAUUCCAAGACUAAUGCAUGGCAGACAACCGAAGCAACACAAAAUCAUACAAAGGGCGCUGAAGAAGAGACGCGACCUGCAGAUGGACCUACCCUGCUCACUGCAGAUGACUUCCCAGUCCUGGGAGCAAGCAAGGCUGUGCCCACAGAGAAGAAAAGCAAAGUAAAAGAAGCCAACGAGAAGGAGGCCAGUGCGUUUGUGUUUAGAGAAAGGCAUUAUGCCCAGCAGAGGGAGGUCCACAGAAGCAACAUGCGGGCCGUGGAGGCCAUGGAGGAGGAGGAUGAGGAUCCCAAGUUGAGAAGGAGGAACAGGGCCAUGGAUCCAGAAUGGAUCAACAGUGUGACGGAGAGCGUGAUACGAGAAAUCGCCUCUGAUGGAGAGCUCGUCACUAAAGAAAAGGUGAUAUCCCGAGUUUGCACCAUGAUUCCUUCUUUAGACCCAGGAAUGCUAAAACCUAGGACUGUUCCAGCUCUAAAAAACCUUCUAUACCUCACAAGAGAGAUCAACAUGUUCAUAGAGGCUACCGAGGCAGUGACGUCAAUCUGUACGCUGUAUGAGCUGGGUCAAUCACUGGCAGGCCUGAAGGACAAGAAGCGCUACGAGGAGCUGAACUUGGGGCCCCUGUGCAAGCUCCCUCUCAUACAUCGCAUGUUCAAGAUUGACAGCAACACUAAAGAUGAUGAUAUCCAUGAGAUUGAGACUGUAGACAUCUUAAAGCAAAUUAACAUUUUUAGGAGAAGGAAUUCAAAGCAAAGGUUAGACCUGGCUGAGUUUCUGAAGCAUCUGGCUGAUCAUUACAGCUGUGAUUCUCCAUACAAGCUGGGGAUCCGGAUACACAGCUUCGGGCUGCCGAUUUCGAGCCUGAUCAAGGUCAGCCGAUGUGAGCAAACCAUUAUGGAGCGUGCCAGGGAGGUCAUCCAGAAAGAGUUCGAGGAGGAGACCAUGGACCGACUGAGAAAGAUCAAAAGGAGUGUUUUAGAACCAAUGCAAGGCACAGGUUCUUUCUCCUCUACAAGAAACUUGGAUCUCAGGAAAAAGUAUGCCUCUAUGCCAGCAGGUGAUGUCGUGCUGGAGGUCUUGUCAAACGCCCAGGGAGUGUUUAGUCCCAGGAUGGUCAAGCACAUCCAGAGCUUUUUGAUGCAGGUGUCAGCUGAUCGGCUGACAAGAGCUUUGUUCCAGCUGGCUAUCUGUGGGGGCUCCCUGGCUGUUCCACAGGACCUGGUGCCAAAAGAUAAGACCCCCAAAACGACUGCGGACGCUAAAACAGUGGACAAAGCUGCUCCAGCCCUCCCUAGUGAAGCCAAAGUGAAGCAGUAUGUAAAAGAUAACCUGGCUUCUCAGAACUCAGCCGUCACUCUGGCACACAUCGCUGCUCUGGAGAAGAAGCUGACCAAAAACUUCAACAUCAAGGAUUUCGUUUCCUUAGAACAAGGAACCUUCCUGGACUUCCUGGUGAAGCACAUUCAGCUGCUGCAGGAAACUCUAGGAUCGGCUUUGUUUCUGAGACCUAAUGUUGAACUCACAGGCAGUGGUUUCAGACCCACCAGACAAGAUGUGUUUGAAUUCAUUAAACAAUGUGGCCACAUAUCCUCUACUGAUCCAGACGAGCUUGCUCACAUUGAGUCAGCACUCAGGUCUCACUACAGGGUCCGGGACAGUCGGGACUUGGGCUAUGGGACCCUGCAGACGCUGGCUGACUUGGUCAAGAGGCAAAGAUCACUUGCUGGAGGAGGAGGAGUGAGCCCUGUGUACUACGAGUCAGCUCUGCUGGCCAAACACAGCAAAUCCAGCGUUGAAAGUGGCUGUGAGUCAGUGGGUCGCCUGGGUGAGAUGUCUAAAGCCCAGGCCCUGGCCAGCUUGCUCUCAUGCCCUCUCCUGGAGGAUGUAAACAACUGGAGCCAAUGGGAGAUGAUCUUUAAACCCAGUCAUGGCCCCCUGAAAGACUUCAUUGAAAGUAAUGCAGCAAAUACAGGCCUGGCAGUGUUAGAGGUAUCACCAGGUUUGCUGCUGAGGAUCACCACAGAAACAGGUGACAAACACUUCACCAGCGCUGUGGCAACCCUCGAUCCUGUCGGGACAGCUGGUCACCUUGUGUCCAUGGUAGCAGCUGAUGGGAUUGACAAUGCUCCCACAGCUCUCCUGGCCAAUCACAUGGAGAACUCCCUGGCAGCAGCCGUGGCUGAAGAAGAUCUGUCCAAGGCGGAAGAGGAUGUGACGUGUUACAGCAGAGUGGCUAAGUUCCUGCUGCAAUGUUUGACACGAAUCCCCACGAGAACCUGCCAUGCGCUUCUGCAGCAGGUGUUUCUGGAGCCAUUCUCCCGCGUGUUGGGCCAAGCCAAGUCUAAAGAGGUCCUGAUCACAGUGGCUCAGUCUGACCCGAAACAUCUGAACUGUCUGCACCAGCUGGGCAUCCUCCUGGGAAUCACAGAUUGGGUCAAAGACUACCAGAAAAAGUUGACCCCACCCCAGAGCCAAAACAAUAAUGCUUAUACAGCACAUUGGGAUCAUGCCAAGCCCAAUCUGACAGAUUCUAACAGCAGCAGUCUGUCCGCUCUAAAUAUGAGUGAAGACGAGUUGCUCGAGGAUGACUCCAUUGAUAGCAGCUCUGUGUCUUCUCAGCUCAACCAGACCAUUCAGCAAGUUAAUGGUGACCAAGCCAGAGAGAUUGACGAAGAAGAGGAUGAGGAGGAGCUAUAUGAGCUGGCCUCAAUUACUAAUGGAGAGACCUCCAACAUUAGCAGCGAACCUGAAUGUGGUCAGAGCGAUGAACAGCUCAACAUGUGUGACACAGAUGAAAAGGAGGUUGACAGCUAUCAGUCAGAGGAUAAAUUCUGUCAUCAAAAAAACAUAAUUGAAGACAUCAGAAAACGUGAGUUUGGCAUUGGGGUGGAACUGAAUGAGGAAGGCCAGAAGUUGAUGCAGGUCCACCAGGAGCGACUGGGUCGCAGCUUGCAUCGGCUAUCGACUGAACUCUACAGCAAAGACACACACUUUGUCCUGGAACUCAUUCAGAAUGCUGAUGACAACAGUUAUCCCUCUGAGGGUGGUGUCAUCCCAGCGCUCGCCUUUGUGGUUGAGAGAGAUUGCAUCACUGUCCUCAACAACGAGAUGGGCUUCCAGGAGAGGAACAUCAGGGCCAUCUGUGAUGUAGGCCGCAGCACCAAGGGCAAACACACGUUGGGAUACAUUGGACAAAAAGGGAUUGGCUUCAAGUCGGUGUUUAAGGUCACAGACUGUCCUGAGAUCCACUCCAACGGCUUCCACCUGCGCUUCGACAAGAACUGCGGGCCCAUGGGAUACAUCCUCCCCCACUGGGCUGAAGAGGAGAGGCCUCUGGAUGCACAGCUCAAGAACAUCCAUCGGCACAGCUGGACCACAAAAAUCUGCCUUCCUUUGUGUUCUGAAAGUCACCAAACAAGGAACCUUUUCCAUGAUGUCCACCCCUCCCUGCUACUCUUUCUGCACCGCCUGCGUUCCAUCACCAUCUACAAUCAGAGUGAGAAGCGUCUUGUGACAAUGACUCGCAAAGACCUUAGUCACAAUGUGUUGGAGGUGGAGCACACAGAGGGCACAGAGCGCUGGCUGGUGGUCAAAACUACACUGCAGCCCAAGAAGAUAAAAGAAGAUGUUGAGUCGACUGAGCUCGCUCUGGCUUUCCAGCUCGGCGGUAACAAGGCAGAAAGUCACAUCGUUUGCCAGCCACAAAAGCAGCCAGUGUUUGCUUACCUGCCCCUCCGCAGUUUUGGCUUUCGUUUUAUCAUCCAAGGCGAUUUCGACAUUCCUUCUUCUCGGGAAGAUGUUGACAGGGACAGCUCCUGGAACCAGUGGCUUCGAUCAGAAAUACCACAACUCUUUCUCAAGGCCAUGGAUGUCUUCACCGCUCACCCGGAGUACAGUGGCCUGAAAGGCCUCUGUCAGUUCCUGCACUUCAUUCCCCUACCUGAUGAGGUGCUGGACUUCUUCAAGCCGGUUGCUGGGCAGAUUAUUCAGCUGCUAAAAGGGAGGGCCUUCCUGCCAACUCUUAGUUCAGGUGGUAAGGUUGUGUACAAGCUGCCGUCCCAGGUGGCCGUCUGUCAGGACGCCGUGAUCCGUGAUGUGAUCAGCAGUGAGGAGCUGGAAAGGCAUCUGUCUCUGUCUUAUCUCCAUCCGGGUCUGAGCCCCCCGCCUCCCGCUUCCCUGCUCACUCAAAUGGGAGUCCGAUACCUGCGGGGAUCAGACGUUACCACAGUAACCACAGCUAUGGCAAAGGAGCUGGUCAGAGCAGAGGGCAUCCAUUCAGAGGGAGGCCUUUGUCAGUUGGCCAGGCUGCUGGUUUGCAACUUUCGAGCGAUGGAGCAUGGGUAUGGAGAGGCAGAAUCCAUCCUCCAGAACCUCAGAGAGCUAAGCAUUAUUCCUCUGGCUGACGGACGAGUGGUGUCACUCAGUGGGGAGAGCGUGUUCUUUCCCAUGGAAGAAACCAAGACAGAGAAGAAGAAAGCUCAAGCUCAGACAGGACCACUAUCUGCGUUGUACAAAGAUCUAAAUGUGGUCCACCCCUCUCUGCUGAACUGUUUGGGCCCCCUGGAAAGCCAGCAGGUCAGAGAGUUGCUCAAAGGGCUCGGAGUCCAUGAAGUGGAGCCGCAGGAGCUGCUGGAGCAGCACAUCUAUCCCACAAUAAACAGUAACAAGUGGAAGUCAAAGCCUGAGUCGGUGGUUGUGAGUUACUUGGUUUUCAUCAAGCAGCACUCGUCCUCUAGCCAGGAGUACUCAGAUAUCGCAGUACCCGUCCUCACCUGCAAGGGCCUGGUGUGUCCGGCUACUGAAAGGGUGCAUUUCUCUGAGGAGUACAACAACAUCAACCUGCCAAAAAUGCUGCCAGGAUACAACUGGAUCUUGCUGAGUCCCUGUUAUAUGGAGACAGAUGGCGAUGUGGCAGGAUGGAGAGAACUGUUCAGCAGACUCGGAGUCAGGGACGGCCUCAUCAUCCGCAAGGAGCGCCGAAUGCUCGCUUCCGAAGAACUGGCUUCCAGUCCUUGGUCAGCUGAAAGUGCAAUGUGGAACCAAAGUUCAGGGAAGGACUAUGUGCUUGAUGACUACCCCUGCGAGGAGUUCCACGCCCUGGCCACAGAGCAGCUUCCUGGUUCCCUCCUCCUGCAGCAAAGGAUGGCUUUGUUAGAGCUGCUGGAGACCAACUGGGACACGGGACACUGUUACUCUCAGUACCUCACAGCUCAGGUUAUUGAUGGCGAUGACCGACCAGUCAAAAACACCAGGUCCUCCUUUUACCACUUAUUGUGCAGUCUGGAGUGGGUGCCAGCUUAUCGCCCAGUAGAGGAGGAAAAACCGGAGAGGAAGUACCUCUGUCCUAGCUCAGUUUACCUGACAUCACCAGAAGUCACCAGCCUGCUGGGGACUCACGCCUUUUAUGUGGACAUACGCUCCAGCAACUUCAGCAGAGCACUAGGGAUGAAAGAAACUAUCUCUGUAGAUGUUCUGAUUAAGUACCUGAAGAAAUGGUGCAUCAAACCAGAAGAAGACCACCAAGAGCAGAGGUCAGCUGUAGAUGAGACAGAGGGAGCUCAUUUCACUUCAACCAUUAGUCACGUCCACAAUGUCUACACCUACCUUAAGGACAACUGUUCCCAGACCAGCCUGAAGGAGCUGUUCCUGCACACCCCUGCAGUGUUUGUAGUGAAUAAAUGGCAUAGUGAUAACUGGUGUUCGGGACACUUCUAUCACCUGAAGGAGGUGUGUUGGAGUGACAACACCAACAUGUUCCAUCGUUACAAACAACUGACCCAGAGGGAAGACAGUCCCAUCCUGCAGCCCAAAGUCCUGGCUCCUUUCUACAGGGAGUUGGAGGGCAUGAGAGACUUCUUCAUGAAGCUGCUGAACGUUGAUGACAGUCCCAACAUGAAGCAGUACGUGGGUUUGUUGGAGCUCAUCUGCUCUUCCGCUCCCAUACCAACUGCCGAAGUGCUACAGGAUGUAUCUAUACUCUACGCCAAACUCGCCCACAAAUGUAAGCUUAAAGUGUCUGGAGACCAGGAAAGCGUUCCUCCCACCGGAUUUGAUAAGAGUUACAGCUCCCAGUUGAAGGUCAUGGUAUCUGACAAGAAGGUCUUCCCUACAAAGGACAACUGGGUGCGUCUGACAAGUAAACCCAUGAUUGGUGAUGACAAAGAGCUGGAGAAGAUCUUUAAACCUCACAAGGAGGUGUGUCUGCUCUACCUGCCACCACCAGAGAAGAAGACUGUUUCCAAGAGUAAGACUGGUCAGACAGUCGCUGGAGAUCGAGCUACUAUACCUGUCUUCAACGAGAAGGACAGGCUGUCAUUUCUGGAGAUAUGUGGUAUUCGUCAACUCUCCCACUGUGUGAUAUCAAUGCCAGAAACUGAGCUCUGGAAGCCAUGUCCAUCCAUGCAGUCCCUGGUGCGCUCAGUCAUCCCCUACAUCCAGAGGUUCCUCUACUACCACGAUGAGCUGGCUGAAGUCUACCCAGAGUUGAUCAACAGUAACAUAGCUGAGAAACUCAAGCGCCUUUCCUUUGGACAGGUGGGGAAGCUGUAUAUCCGCUACGAGCUGGACGUUGCUGACAGUGAGGUUCCAGUGAUAGAGCUGCAGGAUGUCAUCUGCCUGCUGAAGGAUGAGAAAGAGCUCUGCAUCCAGAAGGAUCACAUUCAUGACAAACUGGAAAUCCUGAGUGAGCUGGUGAAGCUGUUCUGCACAGAGAGGAGUCACAGAAAAGAACUGAAGCAUUUCCUGAGCACCGUGAUUAACAGUAGCCAAAAGGCCCUGGACAGAUUGAUGAGCAAAGAGAACAUCAGAGAGCUGCCCGGCGAUGAGGAGCUGUGGGAGGUUCCAGAGCCACUCAGACCAGAGACAACCAUGGACAGAGUGUUUUCCAGGAGCCUCUCCUCCAUGAGCGCCCCAGAGGAGCCAAACUGUCCCUCUCAACCAGACGGGGAACAAACGCUGGCUUGCUGGCCUCCUCGAGCAUCUAUGCUGAACACAAGCAGCCGUGCAGGUCAGCCUAAAAGUGAUGUGGUAGAGGCAGUCUUAAAGAUGUGGCCUCCUCCUGCCGGUCCUAAAGACACAGAGAAGGAAGGUGGUCGCAGCAUAAAAAGCUGUGAAGAAAACCAGACACCCAGGAGCAGCAGCAGAACUGCAGACCUUCCUGCCCUUCAGAGAGUCCCAAGCCAUCCAGGGCAGACUCACACUAACGCUGCAGCCAUCAGCACACCAAAACCUCCAGGUUGGAACACACUGCUUUCUUCUUUUGAAACCACAGCGCCUUGUAAAGAGCCAAGCCAACAGACUGAGACCAGCGAUUUGCAAAAAGCUAAGGGUAGAGAGGAGAUCAGACCAUCACCGACUCCAAAUCCCCCAUCUGAGCAGCCUGCAGAGUCUUCCAGAAAUGAACCUCCUCCAAACAACCUGGUGGGCCCUGAGGCAGUUGUGCCCUUCAGUACAUUUCAGGGGACUGCAGCAGCUGCAGACUCUCAGCGUUCUCUCCUGAACAUGAACUUCCCUCUGUGGGACAAAGACCACUCUCCGCAGGCCACCCUGGAGGACAUGGACCUCCCCUGUCAGAUACCCACCACCGUGGUGUUUUUAGACGAACAGAUGGACCUGGUGGCAAUCGGCGAGUGGGGGGAGCAGCUGGUCAACUCCUUCCUGUGCCACUGGAGAGACAGCAGUGACCCCAGGCGGCCCACCCACGUCUUGUGGUGCAAUCAGAGCGGUGAGAGCGGCCAGCCCUACGACUUCAAACUGACCUUCGGAGAGGUGGGGCCCAUAUUUGUGGAGGUCAAGUCGACUCUGAAGAGAGAAAAAUCCUUCAUCCACAUGUCGGCCAACGAGCUGGACUUUGCAUUGAAAGAGAAGGAGCGCUACCACAUAUACAGAGUGUACAAUGCUGGGGACGCUCAGAAAGUCCGACUGUGUCGCAUUCAGAACCUGGCGCAGCAUCUCCACACCAAGGACCUAGCACUUUUUCUCUUUGUGUAGUUUCUGUUUAGGUUUGUAAAAGUAUUUGCACUGUAUCAUCACUGACAGCCUAGACGUUUUUUGUAUACCUUUAAAGUUUUAUCUACUGUAUGUCAGGUAUUUUAUUCAAGUGUUUUGUCACCACACUCUUAUUCCAGCUCAGUUUUUAAUUCACGCGUUGCUUUAAAAUUAAAUAAUUUUUUAUUCUUCCUGAUGUAAUCUCAAGGUGUUUCUUGUUCACCUUAGUAAAUAGUGGCUCUGUCCCUUAAACUUGGCUCUUCAGCUGAAGUAAUUAAAGAUUAAGCUUUGCGUGAUUUUUAUGUGAUAGACCAACACAAAUAAUUGCAUAAUUGUAAAGUGGAAGGAAAAUGAUACAUGUUCUUACUUAUUUUAAAAAAUAAAAAUCUUGUAACUGUG